AUGAGUGCUUUGGGCCCAGGCAGCGGGCGCUCAGCCCUGGGGCAGCAGCACAGUGUGCCAGGGAGCGCUGCGUGCAGGUGGGGCUGCCGUCCGGUUUGGGCUCCCACACAAGCAGUGCAGAGCUUCCUGUCUGCAUAUGACCAUGAACCGUGGUCUCCAACAAUGACAGUGUGGGCCAGAAACAGGUGUCACCUUAAUACCCACCCAGAAAAGCCAAUUACCCCUGGAUGAUUAUGAUUAAUAACUCUCUAAGCCCUAAUCGCGCUGACACCGAUGCCCGGGGCUUACUGCAGGGGGCACUUUAUAAGGGACGCCCUACAGCUGCUUCUCUGCGGGGCGACAGCAGAGGCUGGGCAGCGGUGCGAGCCCAACUGCAGGGCGAUUCCCCCAUACAAAAACCGACACUGAGUGCGACUGAGAGGCGCCCCACAAACCGCAGCCAUGAACGGGACGGAAGGCCAAGACUUCUACGUGCCCAUGUCCAACAAGACCGGGGUGGUGCGGAGCCCCUUCGAGUACCCCCAGUACUACCUGGCUGAGCCCUGGAAGUUCUCGGCGCUGGCUGCCUACAUGUUCAUGCUGAUCCUGCUCGGCUUCCCCGUCAACUUCCUCACGCUGUACGUCACCAUCCAGCACAAGAAACUCCGGACGCCUCUAAACUACAUCCUCCUGAACCUGGCGGUCGCCGACCUCUUUAUGGUCUUCGGAGGCUUCACGACCACCAUGUACACCUCGAUGAACGGGUACUUUGUCUUUGGAGUAACAGGGUGCUACAUCGAGGGCUUCUUUGCUACGCUGGGCGGUGAAAUUGCUCUCUGGUCACUCGUCGUCCUGGCCGUGGAACGAUACGUGGUGGUCUGUAAGCCCAUGAGCAACUUCCGCUUCGGGGAGAACCACGCCAUCAUGGGGGUCGCGUUCUCCUGGAUCAUGGCCAUGGCCUGCGCAGCCCCCCCGCUGUUCGGCUGGUCACGGUACAUCCCCGAGGGCAUGCAGUGCUCGUGUGGGAUCGACUACUACACGCUGAAGCCGGAGAUCAACAACGAAUCCUUUGUCAUCUACAUGUUCGUGGUCCACUUCAUGAUCCCACUGGCCGUCAUCUUCUUCUGCUAUGGGAACCUGGUCUGCACUGUGAAGGAGGCUGCCGCCCAGCAGCAGGAGUCUGCCACCACCCAGAAGGCAGAGAAGGAAGUGACCCGCAUGGUGAUCAUCAUGGUCAUCGCCUUCCUCAUCUGCUGGGUUCCCUACGCCAGCGUCGCUUUCUACAUCUUCACCAACCAGGGCUCAGACUUUGGACCCAUCUUCAUGACCAUCCCGGCAUUCUUUGCCAAGAGCUCUGCCAUCUACAAUCCUGUGAUCUACAUCGUAAUGAACAAACAGUUCCGUAACUGCAUGAUCACAACCCUCUGCUGCGGCAAGAACCCGCUGGGCGAUGAGGACACGUCUGCUGGAAAGACAGAGACCUCCUCCGUCUCCACCAGCCAGGUGUCCCCUGCAUAGGUCCCGCUGCACCAACCUUGCCCACUGCCAGCGCCUGCCCGCUUCAGCACAGCCCUGCAGGGCGGGCUGCUCUCCCAACCAUAGGAACCCUGGGAACAAGGCUGUGAAAAUGUACACGUUUUGUAAUUAAAAUGCAAAAGCUUAGCUCCUCCACUGGCAUAACUUUGUGCUUCUCUCUCUGUCGAUUCACUGAGAGCUCACACCUGUUGCACCACGCAGGCCCUGCAAAGCCCGGGCACAGCAGAACCGCUGCCACCUCCCUCACCCCAACCUGAGGGCCUCGGUGGGUCAGAGGCUUGAGCCCCUCCCAGCUCCACUGCUGCAGACAGAGGCUGGCAGCCACCAGCAGCCAUUGGGCCGGGGCGGGGGGCUGUGCUGGGGCAGGCUGAGCACUGCCAGAUGCCCACUGCUCAGAGCUCCACGCUCGACUCUGCCCCAGCACCUCAGAAGGGCACCGCAACACCUCUGGGAUGACGGGUGGGUUUUGGUGCACAUGUGCCCCCUGUGCUGCAGGGGUGAUGGUGCAGAUCCCAGCCCCGAGCAGGCGGCACAGCAUGGUGCAGCUGUGUCCCGCUAUGGCUGGGCGUGCUUGGGAAGGGCUCGGCGCGCUCUCCAUCCAUCCAGCACCACACUGUGCUCCCGGUGUUGGCCCCUCAGCAGCCCCACUCGCUGCCCCUCGGCAGGAUGCAGCCCUUCCCUCCCAGCCAUCCGCAGACCCCUCCCUGUCAGCUGCAGCCCAGCUCAGUGUCAGCCCACGUAGGAGGCUUUGGCCGGUGCUCGUGCUUCUGAGGACGGAUUGGUGCAUUGCUGAGCUUCCUCCGUGUUAGAGCAGGCAAGACAUGGGAGCAUAUGGUGCAGAGACACCGGCAUAUGUUCCAGGCACUACAAGAUGGCAUAUUGCAAUUGUAGCAGUGUUCUUCAUUUUUAUUUUUAGCUCAGCUAUACAAAUAAGAUGUUUUUCUUGCUGUUCAGUGUUAUCAACAUUUGAAACUAUUUUUGUACAUUAUUAUCCUCUCUGAUUUCUAAUCCUAUGCAGCUUUGCGAUGUCUAAUAAGGAACAUACAGAACCCAUGCAAGUUAAAUCUUUAAUAAAGAGCAAUUUGCAAGUACAA